UCACAUUUGGGAACACACACAUGGCUAUUCGGAGGUCGGAUGAUAACCAUAGCCCAUCCGUCCAUGAUUAAUUGAUAAAAUUGCCUGAAAUUACGUAUGGGGACAUUUUUAAUUACGUCGUGCUCUCCUUGGGAGUGGAUGGUUCCACUAUGAAAAAUUACAAGAAUACAGAGGCCUAUCAGUACCUCCACAGUGGUAAGGUGGGCCGAGUUCUUCUUCACCAGGAUGGGAAAAGGAUUGGUAUUUUUGAAGGCAGAUGUUCAGGCCAGCCAAUCAAGCAGCUCUUACCACACUGCUUGGGUACCUUUCCAACAACGGAUCAGUAGAGACGGCUGGAUGCGCGUGCAUUGCUGACAUUGGAAAGGCAUGCAGCCUUAAUUUUGUGGAAGGUGCAGAAUGCAGUGUCCAGUGGCUAACUGGCAUAGCCUGCACAGAUGAGCAGCGACAAUGGAAUGUUGGGACUUGGAGGAACCUUGAGCCAAUGAGGUUAAACAGCAUUGACUUCACACACCAUAAGGCCAGUGACCAAUAUGCAGAAAAGCAUCCAGAAUGUCCAUCCCUGCAUCCCACUACUGCAUUCCACGCACAGGAGGAAUUGAAUAGGAGCCUGAGACACCUGAAUCUGCCUAUGGGGAGUCUGCUCUGUGUUAAUACUGAACCAACAAAUAAUAUCACAGCCAGUAGCACCCAGCCACAUGGAGAGCAUAUCAAUUACAACUGCCAGAAGUGCCUGUCCUUCUACAAUGAAAUUGUGAAACUUGACCCAACCCAGUCAACUGUUUUGGAACAGAUCCCAAAGGAGCAGAGUGCCUCACACUUGUGGCAUGACUUAAGGAAGCUUCGAGGUACUGCAAGCUCAGCCACAAAGGUCCCUGUCAGGGAAUCCACCAACCCUGGUAAGUUUUUCCAGGAGCAUCUGUAUCCCAGGUUCCACGGGAAUGUAGCCACACGGUACAGGAAAGAUAAUGAGCUGAUGGCCUCCCAGUGGCUGGAAGACUUAAUACUCUGUGGACCACAGAGCCACUGUUGUCAGUGUUGAAGAGCCAUGGCUAUCAGAGUGCUGAAAUCCAAGGAGCUGUUGGAGAUCUAGUGUCCUGUCAUGGGGAAGGGCUGUGAUUCUUUGGAUGAUGUCUUCAAUGGGAAAGCCAGUUUAAAGAUGGGCGCCAGAGGGGAUGGCUGCCAUUACAUUUACAUUUAAGUCAUUUAGCAGACGCUCUUAUCCAGAGCGACUUACAAAUUGGUGCAUUCACCUUAUGAUAUCCAGUGGAACAACCACUUUACAAUAGUACAUCUAUAUCUUUUUGGGGGGGGUUAGAAAGAUUAGGGAGCGUUGU